AACCUUUUGCUCACUCAUGCAGAGGGCACCGUCUGUCCCAUCUCCUUCGUCAAGGAUGUCUUGUUCCCCUAUGCCCUCCAAGUCCUGCCCGCGUUCCUGGCCGAGCAGUGGGACGAGUCGAGCUUUGCCGAGUACCGCAACGCUUUCCCUGAGGAGUACCGCAACGACCGCGGCGCCUUCGAGGCUCACGUUCGGGACCUGGUGGCCCGAGACGUCAAGGCGCCGUACCUAAAGGCGCUCCAGGGCUACCUCUGGAGGAAGGGAUACGAGUCCGGCGUCCUCAAGGCUCCACUCUUCCCUGACGUGCCACCCUUCAUCACCAAUGCUCAUGCGGCCGGCCAGAAGAUCAUGAUAUACUCGUCCGGAUCGGUCCCGGCCCAGAAGCUCUUCUUUGCUCACACGACCGCCCAACCCGCCGACAUGAGCGUCUUCAUCUCUGACUGGUUCGACACCGUCAAUGCGGGGCCCAAGACCGACGUGGCUAGCUACACCACUAUCCUGUCUCACUAUCCCGACGUCAGCCCCGCACGCUGGAUCUUCCUGAGCGACAACCUCAACGAGGUGGACGCUGCUCGCCAGUCGGGCAUGCACAGUGUCCCGGCCGUCAGACCGGGGAACGCGCCGCUGCCAGCCCAUCACCCGCUGACUGAGUUUGCCCUCUCCGAGUUCACUCCGGCCUCCGUUGCCCAGGCCGCAGCCGCCAUUGCAACCAAAGUGUCGACAUAG